UUAAAACUUUUUCAUAACAUAACCUCACAUUUUGUGUUUACAUUUUGUGAGUAAGAAAAGCUAAAAAUGAGAAUUCCGCGAUUAAAUUUAUUUUCUACUGUUCAUACAAUAAGAUCAAAGUCUACUUAUGCUCAUUUCCGCACGAGAAAUCAUAAUUCAUUGAAUUUAGUGCAUGACAUCUUGAGAAAUCCCUCCAAAUGUGGGAUAUUUGGGAGGCUGUCGGUUCGUUUGUUUUCCCAGGACACCGGAAGUGGUGAUGCGUUGAAGAAGAAUCACUGCAAUAUCGGAACUAUUGGGCACAUUGAUCACGGGAAGACAACCCUCACGGCGGCUAUAACAAAAGUCCUGGAGAAAGAUGGGUUGAGUAGUUUUGUGUCGUACGAUGAGAUUGACCGGGCACCGGAAGAGAAAGCUCGUGGGAUUACCAUAAAUGCCUGCCACAUUGGCUACAGGACGAAGAAUCGACACUAUGCUCACACAGAUUGUCCUGGACAUGCGGAUUAUGUGAAAAAUAUGAUUUCCGGAGCAUCCCAGAUGGAUGGAACGAUUCUCGUGGUUGCAGCUGAUGACGGGCCUAUGCCACAGACGCGGGAGCACCUGUUGCUGGCAAAGCAGGUGGGCAUUGAGAAGGUGGUGGUGUUUAUCAAUAAAGCCGACAAAGCUGACCGGGAAAUGCUGGAUUUGGUUGAAUUGGAGAUGCGGGAACUUCUGACGGAUUUUGGCUUUGACGGAGAUGCUUGUCCGGUGAUUUGUGGAUCAGCUACGGCAGCCCUCAAGGGGGAUACUUCCGAAAUUGGCGAGGACUCAAUAAGGCAGCUACUUGAUGCUGUUGAUGCGUACAUCCCGACUCCAACGAGGGACCUCACAUCACCCUUCCUCCUGCCCAUUGAUAAUGCAUUUACCGUUCCGGGAAGGGGAACUGUGGUCGUGGGAACCAUAAAAAGGGGCAUUAUGACGAAGAAUGAUGAUGCGGAAUUGCUGGGGUUUGAUGAGAAGUCCAAGACAACACUCGGGGACAUUCAGAUCUUCCGGAAAAGUGUCCCGAAGGCUCUUGCGGGGGAUAAUGUGGGUGUUCUGCUGCGUGGCGUGAAGAUCUCCACAGUACAGCGUGGAAUGUUGCUGUGUGCUGCUGGAAGUGAGAAAAUCUCAAAUCACUUUGAUGGUUCCAUGUACCUGCUGGCCAGGAGCGAGGGAGGACGUUCAAGGCCGCUCCAUUCGAAGUACAUCCAGCAAAUGUUCAGUCGCACGUGGAAUGUUCCCUGCCGCGUGGAUCUUGUAGGUGACAAUGAUAUGAUGCUUCCUGGAGAUCAUGGCGCUGUUCGGUUAACUCUUCUCCGACAAAUGGUCAUGACUGUGGGGCAGCCCUUCACGAUUCGUGAAAAUGAAGCAACAGUGGCCACCGGGGUGAUCACAAAGGUCCACAAUCCCGUCAAUUUGCCCAGGAACAAACUCUCCAAGCUUGAGUUAAAUUUUAGCUAAUUUAUUACCAUAAAUAUAGACAAAAUUAAAGAAAACUAAGCAGA